AGGAAUAACUCAUGAGUAUUUUUAAAGAUUUUUUACUGUGCAAUUUAAAAGAAUACAGUGGAACAAAGAACAACCUUGAAAUAUUUUCGUGAAGAAAGCUGAUAGUAGGAGUAACAAACAUAAAAAUGAUAGUGCAUUUAUUUAGAUAAAGUUUUUGGAGUGGGAGUGCUUGGGAUGGAGAAAUCAAAUUUUUCCCGCGUCGAGACUAGUACCAAAAUGCCGGGCCCUAGGGUCCCCAGGUGGAACUCCAGUGGGUACUUGCGCGCCACUUGCAAAAACUUGGUUAUGAGCCCCUUCAAACCCUAAAUGGCGGCUUUGCAAUUACAAUGUAGUAAAUUAAAUCCCAUGAGUGCUGUGAAUUAGAGCCUUGAAGAAGCUCCCCAGAUGUCUAAUGACAGUGAAGUGCUCGGUAGACCUCCACACUCGCCUCGGACCCAAAAAAUUCCAAAAUCUCAACGUCCAGAGGGCAAUUGGUCAAUCACAAAUUCUCAGGCAACACUCGGUACUAACGAUUGUCAACGCAACGUGCAAUUCGCAUCAACAAACCUCUGGAUUGCCGACAACAAAUUCAUCAAAGACAGAAAUAGCGAUUUCAGCGAGGUUGAGUCCAUGAUUAUCGCAUCCAGAGGCUGGAAUGGAUAUCACACAGCUCCAAAAUCGGAAGAGAGUCAGAAGCCGCCGAGGGGUCAUUCAAAGACAGUGGAGGACAUCGAGAAAUGGUUGAAGACACGUCCAGAGUCAGCCCCACUGGAUUCCCUGAAGCCAGAGCUGGAGGCAGUGGAUAAAUACCUGUCACCAUUUCUCUCGAAGGAUCAGGACCUGAUCGACAUCGACUACCCAGACAAAAAGCUGUCCCUCGGGUACGAUCCACCGUACGAUCAGUUCCAAGAUCUCCACAAUGAGAAGUACCUUGAGGUAUGCAAGGAUGGCUUCAGCCUCCCAGAGUUUCAGUUGGACAACGAUAUGGUGGUGGCCGGUGAGAUUCUUCCCUCGACGAGCACACAGCCGGAUUUUCAAGACCUUGAAGAGCCCCAGGAGGAGCCAGAACACCCCAGAAAUCCACCGGUACCGGAUUUUGCCCUGACGACCCCUCAGGAAGACGUGGGUAAUAACCAAUCGAUCUCUGAUGACGACGUGCUCACUCUCGAGGAUUUCAGGCCAGUCAUGGAGAGUGAAAAGCCCUUGACCCCUCCAAAUCCCCUUGUGAGGGUGGAGGAGGCACUGCCUGAGGUGAAGAUCGAGCCCAGAAUCACGAAGAAACGGAGGAAAAUUGUGAAGAUCCAGGAGAAGUGCUUGAAGUACGAAGAGGAAAAUGUGAGGACUGACAAGGAUGGGAUCAUGGCGGUGGUGGCGAUAUCCACGGAUAAAAUCUCCAACAUGACACAAAUCGUCAUCAACACUGGAAAAGAGGAGCAGAUCUACCAGGGGAAGACGUCAGAGCUCAUGGAGGCAACUGGUUAUUUUUCCAAUAUUCCCAUGAUCGAUGGAAGUGGAUGGGGAAAGGAAGGAGGAAGCAGCAGCCACGAGGUCAUCAUCACGAAUGCUCUGGAGGAGCUGGGAUUUACCGAGGAGGGACUCCUCUCCAAGGCCCUAACUGUCACCGAGAGUGGAAAGACCUGGAUCUGCCCCAGGGAGGACUGCAGCAGAGAAUUCAAUCGACUCUAUGCUCUCAAGGGACAUCUCCUUGCCCACUACGGUGUGAGACCCUUCAAGUGUGAUUACGAGGGCUGCACCUGGGCAUUUUAUUCUGAUUUCAAGCUCAAACGCCACAAGGAGACUCACCUGAAGCGAAAGGAUUACGUGUGUCAGGUGCCAGAUUGCAAUCGUCGUUUCACCACAGUUUACAAUUUGUGGACCCACGAGAAGCUCCACAGUCGACCCAAUCGUAUCCCCUGUCUGGUCCCCGACUGCGUCGAACGUUUCCAGACAAAACGAGCACUCGAGAUUCACAUGAAGUCCCACGAUCAGAAGCACGCACCCUACGUGUGCACUCACGAGGGCUGUGGAAAGCGUUACUACAGCUCGAAUGCCUUCACCUCGCACCAAAAAUGCCACAGCUACAAGGAGGAGGAGGUGAAAUGCGGAUGGAUUGGGUGUGGUAAAGUCUUCGACAAGCCCUGUCGACUCAAGGCUCACGUCAGGUGUCACACAGGCUCGAAACCCUACUCCUGCGCUUAUCCUGGCUGCGAGUGGGCGUUCUCAUCGUCCAGUAAACUCAAACGACACGAGAAGAAGCACACGAAUGAGAGAAAAUUUCCCUGUGAAUUUCCAGGGUGCAGCAAGGCUUUCAUGAGGUCUGAACACCUCAAGGAGCACAGGCUCACUCACAAGGAGGGGAGAUUUUUCCGCUGCUACAUGUGUGAUGCGAGUUUCUCUGCUAAAAGCAGUCUCUACGUCCACAUAAAGAAGCACCAGAACAGGGAGAGCAACGGAAUUGUCCAGAAUUCCAGAGUAAAAGUGUUGCAGAGACAAAUGGAGGACUCCGAGAGUGUCAAGACCAUCUGCAACGAACUCUCAGUUAGACUGGAAUCCUCAGCCCCUGAGGCGAUCCUCCAGGAGUCCCUGGAGUGCCCAGGGGAAGAUCAGAGUGAUGAUUACGCUGGGAAAAUCCAGGUCGACCGUGGAGAACUUCCCAGAAGGAUUUGCCCAUCGAAAUUGUCGUUGAAGCCUCGAGAAGAGGGGAAUGACGAUCUCAAUUAUGUUUUUUAUGAGUGCCAGGUGCAACAGGGAGAAGUGGUGGAAGGAAUUGAAGGAAUUGAAAGAGUGGAAGGGGUGGAAGGGGUGAAUGGGGAGGAAGGAGAGGCAGCCGAGGCAGGAGAGGUGGGAUCUGCGCCUGAACCUGAACCACCACCGAGGAUUGCAAGAGGUAGGAGGGGACAGGGCGCUGCGAGGACUGGACUUACGUGUGAGGAUGUCUGGAGGAUGAAGAGGAGAAAUAUUGGUCUGAAUUGUGUGGGACCCUGUGAUGUUGUCCUCGGUGGUGGUAUAAUUGCCGAGGAACUGAUGAUCGAGGAGGAAUUACCCUCUAUGUUCUAUCAGGAGGAUCUCGGAAACGAGUGCCAGGUACUCCUGAUGGAAGGGGCCGAGGGGACCAUUGGGCUGAGACUGGAGUGAUGAAUGUAUCUGUGAUGACUGGCCGGUGUGGAUGUAUAUUGUCGAUAGCAUAAGAUUUUUUCACUCUGAAUGGUUAUUUUGUAUUAAUAAAUGUUGAUAUUUUUGGAUAGCCGGUGGUGGACUUUAUCCCCGAAACUUUCAGACUCUGCAAUAAAA